UGUUUGCGUGUGUGUUGUACUGUAUGUGGAGGUGCGUACUGUUUGUGUUGUGGAAAGGUGAUGAGUAAAUGAGCCGAGUAAAAUGUAUUGGAGUGUUUCUUUUACGUUCAGCUAGCAUCGAAAAUAGUACAGUACAAUUUGCAAGAUAUUACAGUACCAAAAUGGACAACAUAAAAAGACGUGUGGAGGACAUAAUAAAAUCAACAGAAGACAAGAGGCUAUACAGAGGUCUUGUCUUGCAGAAUGAAAUGAAAGUGUUGUUAAUAAGUGAUCCGACAACUGAUAAGUCUGCCGCCGCUCUCGAUGUCAAUGUAGGUCACAUGAGUGAUCCAGACCAUCUCCCUGGUCUUGCCCACUUCUGUGAGCAUAUGCUCUUCCUUGGAACAGAAAAAUAUCCAUCAGAAAAUGAGUACAGCAAAUAUCUUUCUGAACAUGGGGGAGGAUCAAAUGCAUGCACAUUUUCUGACCAUACGACUUACUACUUUGACGUGGUACCGGAAUUUUUGCCUGGUGCUCUGGACAGGUUUUCCCAGUUCUUUCUUUCGCCAUUAUUCACGGAAAGUGCCACAGAGCGUGAAGUGAAUGCUGUUAACUCUGAACAUGAAAAGAACAUAUCAAAUGAUUCUUGGAGACUUGAUCAAUUAGACAAAUCAACAGCAAAGCAGGAACAUCCAUAUUCAAAAUUUGGGACAGGAAAUAAGUACACUCUUGACACACUGCCAAAGGAAAAAGGAAUCAAUGUUCGUGAAGAACUGUUAAAAUUUCAUGAAACAUGGUAUUCAUCGAAUAUAAUGAGCCUGUCUGUCCUUGGAAAAGAGAAUUUGGACGAACUGGAAAAAAUGACGUGUGAACUGUUUUCAAAUGUUAAGAAUAAGAGUGUUGUUGCACCCCAGUGGCCUGAACAUCCUUUUGGAAAUAAGCAAGUGCAGAUGAGAGGUUACAUAGUUCCUGUUAAAGAUAUUAGAAAUCUGAACAUUACUUUCCCGGUGCCAGACCUGCAUCAAUAUUACAGAUCUGGGCCAGGACAUUAUUUGAGUCACCUGAUAGGACACGAAGGACCUGGUAGCCUUCUCUCCCAUUUGAAAGCCAAAGGCUGGUGCAAUAGUCUGAUAGGUGGCUAUCGGACUGGUUCCCGUGGGUUUGGCUUCUUUGUAAUUAAUGUAGAUCUGACAGAAGAAGGCAUUCAAUAUGUGGAUAACAUUGUUGAACUAGUCUUCCAGUACAUAAAUAUGUUGAAGAAGGAAGGACCAAAGCAGUGGAUUUUUGAAGAAUACAGAGAUAUUAUGACAAUGCAUUUUCGUUUUAAAGAUAAGGAAAUGCCCCAGAACCACGCAUCAACAACAGCUCAGAACCUUAAUGAAUAUCCUUUGGAAGAAGUACUCUCUGGACAUUAUCUGAUAACUGAGUGGAAACCUGAGCUUAUAAAAAUGGUAAUGGAUUAUUUGACACCACAAAACAUAAGGAUUGCAGUUGUUGGAAGAAAAUUCGAAGAACUGGUAGAUCAGACAGAAAAAUGGUAUGGGACAAAAUACAAAUUGGAAGAAAUUCCUCAGGAAACAUUAAAGAGAUGGGAAGAAACAAAUUUAUGUGAAGAUCUAAAACUUCCCCCCAAAAACGAAUUUAUUCCAACUGGUUUUGAUCUGUUACCUCGUGAAGAUAAUGCACCUGAACAUCCUACAAUUAUCCAGAACACUCCACUGACUAGAGUUUGGUUCAAACAAGAUGAUGAAUUUCUGCUGCCUAAAGCAAACUUGAGUUUUGAAUUUGUGAGCCCUCUGGCCUAUUUAGACCCUGUAAGUUGCAACAUGACAUAUAUGUUUGUGUUGCUGUUUAAAGACGCCCUGAAUGAAUAUGCCUAUGCUGCUGAACUUGCCGGUCUGCGAUGGGAGUUAUCAAACACUAAAUAUGGAAUGAUACUUGGUAUUGGUGGAUACAAUAACAAGCAGCAUGUUCUGUUGGAUAAAAUAGUGGAGAAGCUAACCAAUUUCAAAAUAGACCCAAAAAGAUUUGAUAUUUUAAAGGAGCAUUAUAUUCGUGGAUUGAAGAAUUUUGAAGCUGAGCAACCAUACCAGCAUGCUGUGUACUAUUCUGCAGUCCUUCUUGCAGAACAGGCGUGGACUAAAGAGGAACUUCUAGCUGCUACUCAUGAACUGACUCUUAAGAAUGUCGAGGCAUUUAUUCCACAAAUACUAUCCAAGAUGCACAUCGAAUGUCUAAUACAUGGAAAUGCUGAUCGACAGAGGGCAUUGGAGCUGGUACACCUCGUAGAGGACCGUCUGAUGUCGUCGGUGUCCUUAUGACCAUUACUGCCCCGCCAGCUUCUGCGCCACAGAGAACUCCAGCUGGUGGAUGGUUGUAAUUUUGUUUUCGAAGUAAACAAUGCCCUGCAUCGUAGCUCCUGCAUUGAAGUUUAUUAUCAGUGUAAUCUUCAGUCAACAGAAACAAAUAUGUUACUGGAGCUAUUAGUCAAAAUUAUUAAUGAACCCUGCUUCAAUAUUUUAAGGACAAAGGAGCAGUUAGGAUACAUUGUAUCUAGUGGCAUUCGAAGAUCCAAUGGAGUUCAAGGUCUUCGAGUGAUAGUACAGUCUGACAGACAUCCAGAGUAUGUGGAUCAAAGAGUGGAAACAUUCAUAACAUCUAUGGAGGCCUACAUUGAACAAAUGUCAGAGGAAGAGUUUGAAAGACACAAGGAAGCUUUAGCAGCUCAACGCUUAGAAAAACCGAAACGGUUAUCUGCACGUUCGUCGCGAUUUUGGGCUGAAAUAACUUCCCAACAGUAUAAUUUUGAUCGUGUAAAUAUAGAAGUUUCAUACCUUCGUACCUUGACAAAAACUGAUAUUUUGAAUUUCUAUAAGGAACUAAUACAUCACAGUUCUCCAAAGCGACACAAACUAGCUGUGUAUGUUGUAUCGACUGCUGAAGGGGGUGCAGGAAAUAUGCCGAGGCCAUCUGCUCCAGAUGCAGUCAUUGAUGGCAUGUUGCCACCACCACCGUUUUACGAGAAGCCAACGAGAAUACAGGAUAUCACAGAGUUCAAGAGCAGUCAGGGGUUAUUCCCUCUUGUGAAGCCGUACAUCAAUAUACCAUCAAAAUCAAAGUCAAAACUGUAGUGAAUUCUUUACAACCAUCAGUUUUUAGGGCUCAACAGAUGAGGUCAAAACCUUUACACAUGUUGGAUACUGACAGCAGACGAGAUAUCUUUGCUACUGUGUAUUCUCUGUGGUACGAGUAUGUAUGUUAUGUAGUUUUUGUAUGGGUGCUGCAUUUUCCGGGACAAGUAUCGUACAGUGUGAUAGUUUAACUCCUCACCUACACUGUAUCUGCAAUUACGUUCCUGUACAUAGGAGUUUAAAAUAGUGUUAAAGGCCAUAUUUCAGAUAAAUACUUCAGUAUUGUAAGUACGUGACUGCACUUACUUUAGAAGUAAACAUUGGUACUGUAGAAUUUGUGAUAGUCCAUUACUUUCCGGUACUGACCGAAAGACAUUUCUCAAAAAUAGUUCAUAUGGUUCAUACCCUGAAAUGACUAUUAACUGAUAAAGAAAACUGCUGCACUGUAUUUAUUACAAUCUAGUAUUGUUAUAAAUUAUUGAAUUACAGUUCCACAGUAGUUCAGUAUUUAAAUUGUGCUCCAGAACAGUGGUUCUCAUCCAAUAACAAACACUGUUGCAGCAACCAAUUAUGAGCUCACGUAUAGUAAUAAUUAAUUCACAACAACAUAGAGAAUUUAUUUUUUAUAAUAGUACUUAUGCAGAUCAAGAGGUAAUGAAAUAACGUUUCAUAAGAGAGUAAAUGAAAUCAGGAUUCAUUAUUACUUAAGAAAUAUAGGUAAAUCACUGCAAUAAUUUAUUAAACUGUACGUCAUGAAAAAGAAUGAUAUUUUAUUAUUGUUCAAAGGUUUUAUGUCAAAUUCUGUUGUUGCUUAAAUAUGGGCUAAUUAUUGUGGCUAAUUGGGAUUUAACUGGUAAUAAAAUUCUGUCUGAAUCAGUUGCCAUUUCUUUGUUUGGUCAUUAAUCAGGAGAAUAUCACUAAACAUACAUAACUGUACUACUUUGUCAUCAAGUAUAACUCACCAUUAGUUUGAAAUAGUUCAAAGCUGUGUUGAUAAUAAAAAUCAUAUGAUAAAACAUAAAUAUAAGAAAGUGUAAUUUCAGAAAUAAAACAAGUGACUUUCACCACUAAGGAAAUACUGUAACUAGCACUGUGAGGAAAGCAUGCUAAUGAACCAGUGACCCAUUCAUACUUAAACAUGAAUAUGGCAUAGAUCAUGUACGACCUUAUUCCUAGACUAUCAUAACAGCACCAUGUCAUUAGAAAUUUUUUUUGACAUAAUGAACUUCCCCUGAUUUCUACAUGUAAUAUUUCUGAAACUGCUUGAAGGAGAUAAAUAAAUUAGUGCCCUGAUUG